UUUCUGUGAUUUAGUUAUUAACACAUCAUUAGUUUUAUUGUUUUUCCUACAAUUUCCAAUUCUCCUGAAUCUGAAACGUGUCCUUUGGUGAUUUAUUGUCUUGGAGAAAUUUCAAUUUUCUUCUAUUCUUUUUUCCAUGUUUAUGGUCUUCAUCUUCUGGUAUCUUCUUUGAGUCACUUUAUCGUUUUCUUUUGGUAUUUUUUUGCUUUGAGAAACAAUUAUGAUCAUUGUUGGUGGUUUAAUUGUUGUUUUUAUAUUACUAGGUAUUCUUGUGACAUUUGUUAAAUUAUUGUCAACUGGUAGACCAAAGGUUUUUGUCCAUGAGAAUGAAAGAUUUUUCUAUGAUCCAGUGUUGAAGGAUCGGUUUCCAUUUCCUCAGUUACUAAGUGAUGGAGAUGAUGAUGAUGAUGAUGGUGCCAAAUGUGAGAAAUAUUUAUCUGUGAUCAUUCCUGCUUAUAAUGAGGAAUCUCGUUUACCUGUUAUGUUGGAUGAAACUCUUGAUUAUCUGGAAAAAAGAUGCCAUGAAUCAAGUGAAUCGAAAAAUGUUGACCAAUCAAAUCUGGAUAAAACUAGUUCAUCAUCUUUGGAACCACCAAGAGGUGAACAGUUUACCUAUGAGAUAAUUAUUGUUGAUGAUGGUUCUCUUGAUAAAACUACAAAUGUUGCUCUUAAAUAUUCACUAAAAUAUGGAACUGAUAAGGUUCGAGUUCUCAAGGCGUGUAAAAAUCGUGGUAAGGGUGGAGCUGUUCGUUUGGGUGUUCUAUCUGCCAGAGGGAAGUUAAUUCUAUUCGCUGAUGCUGAUGGAGCAACUAAAUUUGCGGAUAUCGAAAAGUUGGAAAAUUAUCUGUACCAGUCAACUGACAAUGAGAAAGAUUUAAUGAAUUCCAUUGCAAUUGGAUCAAGAGCUCAUUUGGAGAAGGAAUCAAUGGCCACCAGAUCCAUUUUUAGAACAAUUUUGAUGCUUGGUUUCCAUUUUGUUGUCUGGUUUUUUACUGUUCGAUCCAUCGAAGAUACUCAAUGUGGCUUUAAAAUGUUCGGACGAAAUGUGGCCCGUGUUCUUUUCAACCAUAUGCACGUUGAGAAAUGGGCCUUUGAUGUUGAGCUUUUAUUUCUCGCCGAAAGAAUCAAGUGUAACAUCGGUGAAUCAGCAGUUAAUUGGACGGAAAUCGAUGGAUCCAAAAUUGUUCCCGUUUUUAGUUGGAUUCAAAUGGGAAUCGAUGUAAUUAGUAUUUCUUUGAUGUACACAAUCGGCGCUUGGACAUUCCCGUUGAGAAAAGACAAAAAUAUUUAGACGAAAACAAAGAAACUUUUUUUUUAGAAAAGAAAAGAAAUUUACUUUUUUACUAAGUGACAAUCGGGACAAUUAAGAAACAAUUAUUCAACUUUAAUAAUAUAUUUAAGUGUUGAUUUUCUUGUUAAAAUUUACCCUAAUCAGUUGUACGAUUUAUGGGUAUCGAUCAUCAAUAUUGAGAGUCAAACAAUCAAUCGCCUUGGAUAAUUUCUUACUUGCUGUUCACAUGUUCCUUAAUUGUCUAAAUUAACUAUUCUUCAAAAAGAAGAAGGAAAAAAUUUCAAUUUUGUUAAUUAUAUUCAAUAAUUUCACCUAAUGUCUCUCAGAAUAUUUCUCUCUCUACAAUCUACCAAAGUUUUUUUUCUAUUCUGUAAAACAAUUAAGUGUAACAAAUGAUUAAAUCAUGAUUUCAAUUGAAAA